ACUGGGAGGCGCUGGGAGCUGCUGGUGGCGGGGGCUGCAGCGGUAAGAGGGGUGAGGCUGCCCGGGGCGGGGGGCUCGCUGCCGGGGCAAGGCUUCUCCGAGCGCACGGAAAGCACCCGCAGGUCUCCCCUCCAAACAGGGCUGCUGUUCCUGGUGGGAGUGGCUCCUGAGCUGCUACGAGCUCAGCAUCAUCGCUUGCAUCAUGACAUACGAUAACUCUUUAUUGCCUGACGCUGGAUAUCUGUGUGUCACUUGCAAAACUCGCUGUUGUUGUAUCCUUCUGCCCACCUUGCUCACUGUGAGCAUGCGACAGGGUGCCGUUACCCAUCCAAAGAGGCAGUGAGUCCUUCUGGCAGGCUCUUGGGGUCUGUUUUUGGACCGGGAAAGCCGUUACCGUCUUGGACAGUGUCUGUUCAAGCACCGCGAUAAACAGGAUAUGGCCCAGAGCCUUCCGGUGCGGCUCGAUGGGUGAAGAGCAAUGUGCCAGCAGCCGCUGGGCUUCUGCUCGCGGGACCCUGCCCGGUGCCAGGUCACACAAGCAUGGCCACCCAGUUGUUCGAGGGGAGAGAGCAUGCGGCUGUCUACCAGAAAUACAGGUUUGCUCCAGGUGAAGAGCUGAAGCAAACCAUUCUCACCUACCUGCGGGAAAAGAGGGCAAACCCUGCUGAGCUGGUGGUGGAUGUUGGCUGUGGGUCAGGACAAGGUACCCGCUUCCUUGCUGAGCACUUCAAGAAGGUGGUGGGAACGGACAUCAGCGAAGCACAGAUCCAGGAGGCCAGGGAUGCCCCCUCCCCACCCAACAUCUCCUACCUUGUGUGCCCUGCAGAGGAGCUGCCAUUCAAGGAUGCCUCAGUGGACCUCCUGGCUUCAUUUACAGCUGCACACUGGUUUGAUAUUGAGAAGUUCAUGAGAGAAGCAAACCGGGUGGUUAAGCCAGGUGGUUGUGUGGUCAUCAGCACCUACACCAGGGACAUGAGCCUGCGCUAUGGAAACUGCUCUGAAAAGCUGACUGAAGUCUUCAGGGAGGUCUGGGACCUGCUUUUAAAAUACACGCAUAAUAGAGUGAACCAUGUCUUGGAAGACUACAAAGAGAUCUUUGAGGCCAUACCAUUUCCAGACAAGAAGAGAAUCACCAAUAUCUUUGAUAAAAUCCCCAUGACAGUUGCUGGUGUGAUUGGUUAUUUGGAGUCUGUCUCUCCGUAUCAAGCCUUUAUGAAGAGUGACCCCGAAGCUGCAAAAUCCUUCCUUCCAGAGACUGAAAAGAGGAUGCUGGAGACAAUGGGAGUUUCUUCUCGUGAAACCCCAGUGGAGUUCUGGGUGAGACACGUCUGUGUGCUGGCGUGCAAGGGACAGUGAGAGGAAAACCCUUCUCCUGAUCUGGUGCUGGAAGGGAAGAAAAAAGUAGAUUGUCUCUUAAUACCCCACUGCUAACCACCUUUAUUCCUUGGAAAGAUCAGUGCUGAUUUUUGGUGAUUAAAAUUUUGAUCUUCUAUGGAAAGCAGAUGUGGGUUUAUACCUGCUCUCAGGUUCCUGUCUGUGUUGGUCCCCCAGUCUGCCCAGUGCUGUGCUGUCAGCCCUGGAAGGGUCCAGUUACAAGACUGUGGUGGUUGUAUACAUGAAGAUAAGGAGGAGGAACAGCUGAGGAACUUGUUGUAUUUCUUACACAAUUAAUAAUAAAAAUGCUGAUAAAAUGUU